UCAAGCUAAUUGAUUCGAAACUGUCAACAGAAACGUCAACUCAGUAUAGUAACAUUUCAAAAUUUUAGUUGGAAAUUAUUCAAAAUGUAUAAUUAAUUUAAAAAAAAAUGAAAUAUAAUGGUAGAGUACGUUUGAAUUGUCAAUGUUGCCGCUGUAAUAAUCCGAGUCUGAUUUCGAAAUUUUUACCGAAGACUUGUUGCCUUAAAUUUUUACUUAUCGUCACUAGCAUCAUCGCAAUUUUAUAUUAUUUGACCAACGAGUUUGUGAGUUGUCCUCCUUUCGGUGAACCCAUACAUAUCUUUUAAUAAAAAUGGAAAAUGGCGCCGAUAAUUUUUCGAAUACCAAAAGAACUUGGUAUGGAGGUCGUUAUAUUUCUCCUAGUAUAAUACAGGUACUGCAAUCUUAUGAAAGAAUAAUCGAAAAAUUAUCACGUUCUGAAGAAAUUGAAACUGGUAAACGUUGUUACAAUAGUUGCUGUUAUCGAAAAUGUAAGCAAGAAACUGCGAGAUUUAUAACUUUAGUUGACGCAUGUUUAUCUACUCCAAACUUGAUGACGAAAGAAGAAGAAAAAUUUUCUUUUAUUUCUGAAUCAAAUAAAAAUAUGAAAACAACCGAUUUUGAAAAUAUAUGUUCCGAUAGACCGUAUACAAACUGCGAUCCGACGUGCCCUAAUUUUCAAAUUUCAGAUCGCGAACCUACGAAUUUAUCACGAGAAUGUUCAGUUGAAAAUAAAGUAGCACUAAUACCGGACGACAUAAAAAGAACUUGUAAAGAUAUAAAUAUAAAUAUCGAAGUGAAACUUAAGAAGAAAAAGAAAAAACAACAAAAAAAGAAUCCGAAAUGUGAAUGUAAGAAAAAAAGAGAUGAGAAAAUCGAACAGUUGCCAGAGUGUAAUAUUAAAUCGAUUAAAAAAAGAAAAUGCAUGUGCGUCGCGUCUGAACCUAUCACAAUAAUAGAUUUACAACCGCAGAAAAAAGAAAAAUUCAAAUUUUUAAAAAUUUUCAAUUUCUGUAAAAAAGAAAAAGAAAGCGGCGCCAAUACAACAGAUAAAAACAUUUUCGUACACACAUCGAAACCGUUAAAAGACAACGAACUCGAAAAUAUAAUCGGCGAAAAACCGAUGACGUAUACCGAACGAAAAUGUUCCGAAAACGAAGAUGACAUAUCGGUUUUUAAAAUAAAAGACGCCCUAAUGCGUCGCCAAAUUACUGAUAUCGAUAAUUAUCCAAAAAGAGCUUCGCAGGAUCAGAAUAAUUCUCAAAAUUAUAAGAAAAAUCGAAUCGACGAUCCUUAUGCGAAAAUCAAUAAUAGCCAACAAGAAAAAAUCACAGUACAAGUUUUUCCUUCGGAAACUAAUCGGAAAAUAUCAGUAAUACGAAUGUCGAAAGGAUCCGAACAACCUCGAUCGAUAUCAGAAAAUGAUAACAAGCAAGAUAAACUGCAAAUCAAACACGUCGAUUCUCGUUUCGUAAACAGACGUCGCUUAUCAAACCCCAUUAUAACCGAGUCUUCUCCGAGGCAUGAAAAUACUGAAGAAAACAUUAUUCAGUUGUCGAAACGUUCUAGAAAAAGUAGCGAUUCGAGGAUUAACCGAUUGAAGCUAGAAAUCGAACAAAAACCAAUUUUUUAUUACGAUCGUAUCGGUGAUUGGUUAAUAUCUCCGAUAAUUCCAACUAAUAUGUUUUUCAAAAUUUUCAACCAUACUUUGUUUCAUACAGACUGCUGUUCUUAUUAUCUUUAUAUAAGAAUAAUUUCGAAUUGUUUAAACAAAUCAAACGAUGGAGUAAAAUCAGAUUUCAAUUAUAAAAAUUAUUAUGUUCGUUUCGAUGGAGGAUACCGAGGUAUACCGAAAAGAUUACGAAUUCAACAUAUAUAUCGUGUAAACGUCAAUCAAAAUAAAUAUCUAGUUAACAAGGGUAGGUUGAAAAUAUCUUACAACGCUUUUCUAUAUUUUAUAGUUGUGUUUUUUCAUAUUUUGUAUCUAAUCAUACUCGUAUAUUUCAUAUUUUUCUAAUAAAUUUUUUUCUUCUAAA